UUGUUUCGUAGACCAGCCCCUUCGAUAAUUCUGCGCAGGGUCGCAGAGGCGUGUUGUUGUUUUCAAACGGCCGGGGUUAUGACUGGCGGGACCGAGUUUCACAAAUCCUACAACAAUAACGAGGACUCCGAGCACAGGAUGGACGUAGACGUGGAUUCUAGUCAUCUGGAAAGUGAGCGGGGAGAGCUGGACAGCAGUAUCCCGGCUGCGUGUUCUUCUAACGGCAGCGGCGCGGAAGAGGACGAGGCGGAGGCCCUCGGCCGUGCGAGAGAAGCCGGGGGCUCGAGUAGUCAGCACAUCCCGGAUGUAGGGGUGUUCUGCGGCGGCAGGGAGCAAGAGGUGUCGGUCGAAAUCGGAGAGACGUAUUUAUGUCAACGAGCCGAUAAGACAUGGCAUACAGCAGAGGUUAUUCAGUCUCGACUGAAUGAACAGGAGGGGAGAGAGGAGUUUUAUGUUCACUAUGUAGGAUUCAACAGGCGCCUCGAUGAGUGGGUGGGUAAAGCCCGUCUGGCUCUUACCAAGACGGUGAAGGAUGCAGUGAGGAAGAGCACAGAGAUCGGAAGUGUGGGGGAUCUGGGGGAGCAGCCUGAGAGGAAGAUCACUCGCAACCAGAAGCGCAAGCAUGAUGAGAUCAACCAUGUGCAGAAGACGUAUGCAGAGAUGGACCCAACAACAGCUGCACUAGAAAAGGAGCAUGAAGCGAUUACUAAAGUGAAAUAUGUGGAUAAGAUCCAGAUAGGAAACUUUGAGAUCGAUGCCUGGUACUUCUCGCCGUUUCCAGAGGACUAUGGGAAGCAGCCCAAGCUGUGGAUCUGCGAGUACUGCCUUAAAUACAUGAAGUAUGAGAAGACCUUUAGACAUCAUCUGUCUCACUGUCAGUGGAAGCAGCCUCCAGGGAAAGAAAUCUACAGAAGAAGUAACAUAUCGGUGUAUGAAGUAGACGGGCGGGACCACAAGAUCUACUGUCAGAACCUUUGUCUACUCGCAAAACUAUUUCUGGACCACAAGACGCUUUAUUUUGACGUGGAGCCCUUCAUCUUCUAUAUCCUCACCGAAGUCAACAAACAGGGAGCUCACAUCGUCGGCUACUUCUCCAAAGAAAAGGAGUCUCCAGAUGGGAAUAACGUGGCAUGUAUUCUCACACUGCCGCCUUACCAACGCAGAGGAUACGGAAAGUUCCUCAUAGCUUUCAGUUAUGAGCUCUCCAAGUUGGAGAGUGCGGUCGGCUCUCCGGAGAAGCCUCUGUCAGAUCUGGGGAAGCUGAGCUACAGAAGUUACUGGUCCUGGGUCCUGCUGGAGAUCUUGAGGGACUUCAGAGGAACGCUGUCUAUCAAAGACCUCAGCCAGAUGACCAGCAUCACACAGAGUGACAUCAUCAGCACGCUGCAGUCGCUCAACAUGGUGAAGUACUGGAAAGGUCAGCACGUUAUCUGUGUCACUCCCAAACUGGUGGAGGAGCAUCUAAAGAGCGCCCAGUACAAGAAACCCCCGAUAACAGUGGACACAAUGUGUUUGAAGUGGGCGCCCCCGAAAAAUAAACAAGUCAAGCUGUCCAAGAAGUGAGAAGAGGAGCCUCUCCUGUUUUAUAUCGUCCUCAUCCUCCUCAUCGGGACACCUCCUGCCGUAAUGACCACGUUAUGUAUAUAGCUGUUAGGAGCAUCUGUCAGUAUUUUCUUAAAUAUAUAUGAAAAAAAAAACACAA